UCUAUCUACAUGGGGAGCGGGCCCUCUUCACGGAGUCUGCCAUGUUGUACCACCAUAUGCAGUAGCCUUGAACGGACAAACCAAACACUGUUAACUUUCCUGCUUGGGCUGGAGUCGAUAAUGUUACUUGCUCCAAUCACCGCUCCUCUCUCUCUCUUGCUUCACCACUCACUUCCUACAUGCACACACACUUGAAGCAUUGGCUCUGCUCCAAAUGUCUCUACAGAGGGUCAUUUGGGUUUUCGCGUCGGCGACCGUAACUCUACAAAACGCUUGGCACACGGGAGAGUUCAGUUGGUUGCAAUCUCCUCACCUCACUGCCAGAUCCUACACACUGGACCUUUAAAACAAUAAAUUGCAAUCGAUUAAUCAACUAACCGUUGCAGCUCCAGAACCUCCACCUCCGCCUGGAGACAACGGUAGAGUCCCGUUAGGAAAAAUGACAAACAAAAUCCCCCUCUCUCGCUCUGAGGUGUUUGGGGAGCUGAGGAAGGAGCUGCAUGAAGAUGAAGAGUUCCAUCAGUCCGACGUUCACGUCUUCAUCAUCAUGGGUGCAUCGGGGGAUCUGGCUAAGAAGAAAAUCUACCCGACUCUAUGGUGGUUGUACAGAGACGGCCUCCUCCCUGAGCAGACGUAUUUUGUGGGAUUUGCUCGCUCUGACUUGACAGUUGAUGCCAUUCGGACUUCUUGCCUGCAAUAUCUGAAGGUGACAGAUAAAGAUGUAGAGCGGUUGGAAGCCUUCUUCAGCAGGAACACGUAUAUCAGCGGGAAAUACACAGAGCAGAGUUCCUUCUCCAAACUCGACAAGCACAUCCUGUCUCUUCCCGGAGGACCCGAGGCAAACCGUCUCUUCUACCUGGCGCUGCCACCCACCGUCUACCACGAUGUUACCAAGAACAUCAAGCACGGCUGUAUGAGCACCAAAGGCUGGAACAGGGUGAUCGUAGAGAAGCCGUUUGGACGCGACCUUCAGAGCUCUGAAGAGCUGUCCACUCACCUCUCCUCCCUCUUCACUGAAGAACAAAUCUACCGUAUAGAUCACUACCUGGGCAAGGAAAUGGUGCAGAACCUCAUGGUGCUCAGGUUUGGGAACCGAAUCUUCGGGCCGAUCUGGAACAGGGACAGCGUGGCCUGUGUUGUCCUCACCUUUAAAGAACCAUUUGGCACUCAGGGACGAGGAGGCUACUUUGAUGAUUUUGGCAUCAUCCGCGAUGUCAUGCAGAACCACUUGCUCCAGAUACUCUGCCUGGUUGCCAUGGAGAAACCAGCUUCCACCAGCUCUGAUGAUGUCAGGGAUGAAAAGGUGAAGGUGCUGAAGUGCAUCGCUCCAGUGUCCAUAUCAGAUGUGGUGCUGGGUCAGUAUGUGGGGGAUCCAGAGGGUGAGGGAGACGCCAAACAGGGUUAUCUCGAUGAUCCCACAGUUCCUAAAGGAUCAACUCAGGCCACCUUCACCACCGCUGUACUUUAUGUGCACAACGAACGCUGGGAUGGUGUUCCUUUCAUCCUUCGCUGUGGAAAAGCUCUGAAUGAGAGGAAAGCUGAGGUGCGGCUGCAGUUCACAGACGUUCCAGGGGACAUUUUUGGAGAUCAGUGUCGCAGGAAUGAGCUCGUAGUGCGUGUGCAGCCCAACGAGGCAGUCUAUGCCAAGAUGAUGAGCAAGAAACCCGGCGUCUACUUUAGCCCCGAGGAAACCGAGUUGGACCUCACCUACAAGAGUAGAUACAAGGAUGUGAAGCUUCCAGACGCUUACGAACGUCUCAUCCUGGACGUCUUCUGUGGGAGUCAGAUGCACUUUGUACGCAGUGAUGAACUAAGGGAAGCAUGGAGGAUCUUCACACCUCUUCUUCAUCACAUAGACAGAGAGAAGCCCAAACCUAUUUCUUACAAAUAUGGAAGCCGGGGCCCAACAGAAGCAGACGACCUCUCAAAGAAAGUUGGAUUCCGCUAUGCAGGCACUUACAAAUGGGUCAACCCUCACAGACUGUGAAUUGUGAUGGGAGGAGUAGAGGUAGAAUAGUGGGAGGGGUGCAGCAGGGGUAAGUGAGCCAUGUCAUGUUCCAAUACUAGAGUGUCUUUUGAGGAAGGAGGCGUUUCCACUAUGUGGAUCCAGCAUCACAGUAGCAGACCAAGCUAUUAUUUCUCAGGUAUGGCAAUUAUUCCUUGGAGCCAGUUCAUCAGACAUUCAAAAAGAAAUGUAUGCUGUACUGGUGGUACCUUUUUAUGUGUCUUCAUACGUUCACAGCAACUUUCCAUGUUUUAUUUGAGAGGUGGGACCAAGUCAGUUUGAGAGGGAACAAAAAAUUUGAACCAGGAUAUUUAUGUGAACCAAUUAACUGUCUGAUGAACUAGCUCCAUGUCCCUGUCUCUAUUAAUUAGGUCUUAAUUUGUCAGGAUGUUAAAUGGAAUAACUGAUUAACAAGAGCAGAACAACAACAACAACAAAACACUCAGCUGAGUCAUGCUCACUCAGUGUAAGCACCGUACCAAAGAUGGUAACUGAACACAGCAGAGACGAGGAACAACAGGAAUGAUUGUUCACCAGUUGUCACUCUUAAUAACCUUUAUGAUUGUAAUGCCAUUAUGCUUUGACUGCUGUUAUUAAUCACACUUAGUGGAGUUUCAUUUUAACAACUUGCGUACUCUCUCUUUGCCUCCUCUUUAAGAUAAAUAGACUCUGUGGUUUACAAAGGGCAAUGCAGGCAGUUUCUCUUCAAAGCAUUCAUACUGGAAUAGUCUCAAGUGUCCUUAUGGACAAACAAAACAAGCUCUCUGUCUUGUUUAGUAGCCUCCCCCUGAGCUUCAUUCCCUUUUGUUUACAUUUGUUUUCAGGUUUUAUUGAAGUUGCUGAUGUUCCAUCCAUAUUUCGAAAUAUUCAGACAGCAGCGGUGUCUGCCAUAGGUCAACAGUGAAUGUCUUUGUAACGACGUAUUGAAUACUGCUGUUAACUGCACAUGCACAUAUAAAGCUAGCUACAUUUCCACUACUUGUAAUAAACUAGUUUUGCUUCUCUGUUAA